AUGAAGUGGCUGUUGGUCUGUGUGUGGAUUUGCAUACUCUACGCUACCAUUGGUAAGUUUAAUAUUCGCAACUGUCUGCCAAUAACCUUUGCAUCUAUCCGUCUCUGACUUUCAAUUUUUGCCACUUAGCAAAUGCUUCAGUUGAAGAAGAAGAGGUGAGAAGUCGCCGCUCUCUUUGUGGGGGCCGAACGUACAAUUCCAGAACACGCAUUUGCUGUGGUGGUAGAAUUCUCUGGAAAGGAGCCGGGAGUACUUGGUGCUGUGGAAAUCGCAACUACAAUCCCAGAACACGCAUUUGCUGUGGUGGUACAAUUCUCUUGAAAGGAGCCGGGAGUACUUUGUGCUGUGGAAAUCGCAACUACAAUCCCAGAACACGCAUUUGCUGUGGUGGUACAAUUCUCUGGAAAGGAGCCGGGAGUACUUCGUGCUGUGGAAAUCGCAACUACAAUCCCAGAACACGCAUUUGCUGUGGUGGUAGAAUUCUCUGGAAAGGAGCCGGGAGUGCUUCGUGCUGUGGAAAUCGCAACUACAAUCCCAGAACACGCAUUUGCUGUGGUGGUACAAUUCUCUGGAAAGGAGCCGGGAGUACUUCGUGCUGUGGAAAUCGCAACUACAAUUCCAGAACACGCAUUUGCUGUGGUGGUAGAAUUCUCUUGA